GCGGAGCGGGGCCUGUGGGGCCCGGAGCGGCGGGGCCGGCGGACCCUCAAGCCCCAGCACCUCUUCUCUCCGGUUUGGGAGUGUCCCCCCACCUGUGACACCCCCCCAAGAUGAAAACCUGGAUCAGCAAUUCAGACCAAAACCUGGAAGUUUCCAUCCCGUUCCUGGGAAAAUACCACCGGCCGGUUUCGGGGCGCUGCUGCCAGAGCUGCACCCCCAGGAGCUGGGAUGGAUUCUAUGCCGAGGAUCUCUCCGCUCUUGGAUUCCGUGACGUCAGCCGUGUGACGGAGAGGGACACACGGUCCCGGGGGUGGCUGGUCCGGAGGGUCUGUGGAUUCCUGGCCGCCUGGGAAUGGGAAAUUCCAUCAGAGACCACCAGGGAGCUCCCAGGGAAGAUCUGCAGCAGCAGGAGGGUGCAGGAUGUUGCCACCAGCCGGGCCCAUGGAUGCGGAGGGGAUGAGGGAUCCCGGGGGCACUGGAAGGAGGAGAUCUGUGGGAUCCUGGGGGAAAUCCAGGCACCGCUGUCCCCUCUCCUGCUGAGGCUGUGCCACUGGAUGCUGCCCAAGCUGCUGAGCCGUCUGUUCCUGAGCGUGCAGCUGCAGCGGGGGCAGCUGGAGAUGGUGCUGCGGGCUGCCAGGACGCCCGAGGUGCCGCUGGUGUUCCUGUGCAGCCAGCAAUCCCAGCUGGAUGGGCCGCUCCUGUCCUUCCUCCUCCUCUCGCAGGGCAUCGGGGCCCCCAGGGUGACGGUGGGUGCCCGGAUCAGCCCUGGCCUCCGCUCCCUGCUGCAACGCCUGGGAGGGAUUUUCCUGCCUUCGGGCCUGGCGCAGCCAGGGAGUGAGCGGGAUGAGGGGCUGCCGGGCGCUGUCCUGGAUGCGUACGUGCAGGAGGUGCUGCGGAGCCGCCAGCCCCUCGUCAUCUUCCUGGAGGAGCCCCCGGGUUCGCUGCGGCUCUGGGAUCCCGCCCGGCGCUGGCUGCUCCGGGUGCUGCGGGCGCUGCGGGACGGAGCCGUGCCCGACGUGCGCGUCGUCCCGGUGGGAAUCGCCUACGACGUGGCUCCCGGCGGAGCGGGGCGGGAUGGAGCGCCCCCUCAGCCCCUCGGGAUGGCCGCGUGUCUCCGGGCAGCAUUCCAGGCCCUGCGCCGGCCCCGUGGCUGUGCCCGGGUGGAUUUCUCCCAGCCCUUCUCCUUACGGGAAUUUGUGGAGAACAACCUCGUGGGGCCGAUGCUCAGCGGGAAUCGACCGGAGCAGCUGCUGCUUCCCACCAUCCUUGGCACGUGCGCGCCGGAUGUGGGGAAUGUGGGCACUUUGGGUGCCGGUGUGGGGACAGAAGAGGAGAUUUUGGUGACGGCGCUGGGGCUGCACACACUGAGCGAUUCCAGCGCCUGCUCCGCCAUCAUGGCUGUGGGAAUCACCGCGGCACUGCUGCUCCACAGGCACCGGGAGGUGGGAUAAGGAGCU